UAAAAAGUUAUUGUAUGUAAGGGCCCCAGCGCAAAACUGCCCUCCGUCCAUAGAGAAACACCUACAGAAUACUUACAAGUAAUGCCAAUUUUCAGGGGGUCAAUAAGCAUUCGGUAUCAUCAAGAGGUAAAUUCAAGAUGGCGUCGCCUGUGGAAGUUCCUAGAAACUUUCGCCUUCUUGAAGAGCUAGAAGAAGGGCAAAAAGGUGGAGAUGGUUUGGUUAGCUGGGGGUUAGAAUCAGAUGAUGAUAUGGAAUUAAAACGCUGGACUGGUAUGAUAUUGGGGCCACCGCGGACAGCGUUUGAGAAUCGAAUUUAUAAUUUAAAUAUAGUAUGUGGUCAAAAGUAUCCAAAGGAAGCUCCAAUAAUUUCAUUUACUACUAGAAUAAAUCUAAAUGGUAUUGACAGCAAUGGAAAUGUUGACAGAAAGGCUUGUUCAGUGAUUAACAAGUGGCAGACGUCAUACACCAUCAAAACUUUAUUAACAGAACUGAGGCGGAUGAUGACGUUAAAAGAAAAUGCAAAAUUGCAACAGCCUCCAGAGAAUUCUAGAUAUUAGCUAUUUGGAGAAAGCAAUAGAAUGUGUUUUCUAAAUUCUAAUCAGUGAAGACUUGCGUAGACAAAAGGAUUUUUUUUAUUAUAACAAACGAUUACAUGCAAUUGAAGUAAAAAAACAAAACUGUUUUAUUCUUGAGAUAUUGCAAAUAUCCUUUUAGUUGAAUUGUUUGUUAUUGUUGUUGUUUGUUUUUGUUUUUUUGAGUUCCCCUUUAUACUUUGACCGUUCUAAUAUCCGUUCUUGUAUAUAAAUUACUAGAUUACAACUGUCUUUGUAUUCUCCUUGUCUUGCUUUAGAGAAAAAAAUACAAGUUAAUCUCUUUCUUCCAUGGGACGUCUUUUGACCGGUGUCUUUCGGAGAGGUCGUUUACAUGGGAACGCAGUGAAGUAAAAAAUGCUUGACUGGGUUGAAUUUAAUUUCGCCCACGGUUUGAGUAAAACGGCCUCUGAAGUAAAUUUAUAGCACAGUAUAUCGGAAACGUGCUCUCCCCCGUUAAAUACUUAGUAGUAAGGUUUGAGAUAGGAUACUUUCUCAUCAUAUUUUUUUUGUACAUGCUUGUAUUCAUGAUAAAGCUAAUUAGAUCGA